UUAAAUUUUGAAGGUAAACCUCGUUGUCUAGUUCACCUCCAUGAAGCGUAAGCAGCCGGACGAGAAGGCCACUACACCGUCUACUUCUAAACCAUCGAAGGAGCGCAAGCAGUCAAAGAAGAUCCCAAAGCAGCAGCGCGUGGGAAACUUUAGGAGUUAUUACACGUAUCGACUGGGUCAGAAGCACCAGGGCGAACUGGAGGAUGAUCCGCGUCUUGCUGCGCUGGAUAAAACCUGGUUUGAGGGCAAGCGUGGCUUAGAUGUUGGCUGUAACUCUGGAGAGUUUACGAUCACCAUCGCUAAACGACUAGAUCCAAGCUAUCUGCUUGGAGUGGACGUGGACCCGCAGCUUAUUUCCAGAGCUAGAGGACAUUUGAAGGACAUUUUACGACAGGAACAAAUCGAAAAAGCCUUUGUUGAGAUUCCAGCGGUUAAAUCCACUGCAAAGAAUGAGGAUGGACCAGUAGCGUCUGCUGCUGAUGGAGAGAAGGAGAGUAUGAACGAGGAAGAGGAAGGUAGCAAGAAGAAUGAUGGUGGAGACGCUUUUGCCAACGACAUGCCGCUAUCUUUUAAGCUGUGGAAGCCAUCGACGCAGACUCAAACUACUGUGCCUCGUGCCAUUGGCAAGGCUGCUGUCGGCUCCAAGUUCCCGUUGAAUGUGGUAUUCAAGCGAGAGGAUAUUGUGUCAGAUGCUCAUGCAGGCAAAGACUAUGACUUUAUCACGUGCUUCAGUGUUACAAAGUGGAUCCAUCUUUUCCAUGGCGACGAAGGUAUCAAGAAAGUGUUUGCUAAGAUUUACGAGCUGCUGGCGCCUGGUGGUCGUCUCAUCCUCGAGCCACAACCGUGGAAAUCGUAUCACAAGCGGAAGUUCACGUCUGAAGUCACUGCAACAAACUACCCCAAGAUCCAGCUACGACCCAAGGACUUUCCAAAGCAUCUCGUGGAAUCCGUAGGCUUUCGUAGCUGUGAGUUUCUUGAGGUCUGUCAAACAUCCUCGAAGGGUUUUCGGAGACCAGUCUACGUUGCUCAGAAAUGAGCUAAGGAAUAUACCUACAAGGUCGUUUUCAUCACUUACCACUCGUU